AUGGAUUCAGUGCACCCAACGGGUGCGGCGCAGGGCCAGACCCCCGACAGCGAAAUCAAAAUUAUCCCCAGAUGGCUGAUUUUCCGCCCGAAGCACGGCUUUCGUUCGCCGGUCGUCACGACGUUCGUCCUCGAAAACCUCGAUCCGUUCCCGGUCGCCUACGCAAUCAAGGGCCGGGACCGUCAUUUCCCGAUCGUCAAGCAGGUGCACGGAAUGAUCGCGGCGAAGAGCCAAUUUACGAUGGAAUUUUUGGUGCCGGCGCGGAACGACUGGCCACAGGACUGCGCGGAGAUGACCAACAAGCGCUUCAAGCUGGCCGUGUUGAGUUUGGCCGUUAGUCAGCCGCUUUUUGACUCGUUGCAAGAGAAUGAGCGCCCAUCCGCGGCACGCGAUCUAUUCCGUGCUACCCCGCCGACGGUUAGGCUGUACACAAAACUCUCAUACGUCCUCAUCCGCCCAGACGACGUCGAACCGGCGCUC